AUCCUAAGGGUGUUUCGACCUCAAAAAGCUUCCGGCCUUCAAAUUGGGGCAAGUAACAAUUCCUCGAGGAGUUGAACCUUGAAAAAAAGGAUUUUUGGUGCUCUAAACUUGGAAAGCUCAAUUGUGAGCAUUGUAAUUUCCUAGCAGUAUAAUACAGACGUAGUGUCGCUUCAACUAGUAUUUCGAACCAUUAUCCACCAGACCUCAUUCAUUACUCUCUUUUUCUUUACAAAACUACAGAAAAACUUCCUUUUCAGCCCAUCUUUAUAUCUCCAACAAAAGGAAAAAUGAUCGCCAAUCGCAACAUGUACCUCAGCAAUGCCCUCAUUGCUUCCAUCACUCUUUUGAGCGUAGUCGACGCAUUUCCAGCCGGAACGAAGCCUUUCCAGCCAAUAACCAGCAAUCUGGAAGUUUUCCCAACAUUCGGCGAUAAGACGUCUUUUCCAACGGCAACACUGGUCAGCCCUCCUUUCUUCUCCGGCAAACCUUCUCCUUCCGCGACUCUGGUUUACGAUCCUAUCAUGACACCAAGUGUUAUCCGCGACCCAUUGCUUCCCAUCAAACCUACCGCAGUUAGCUACGAUGAUGGGAAAUUGUAAGUAUCAAUCUUCCACCUCGUUCUUUCUAUCGGAGAGAUUUGAGGAGCUGACAUCCAUAAUCCAGUCACCCAAAUACUAAAUACGAUGACGACUCGUGGAAAGGAGAGCCAACUACCCACAAAGGCCCAAUCCAUCAUCCAACUGAUAUUGUUCAUCCUUUCCCUACUAUCCCAAUUUCAGUUGUGGUGCCAACUACAGUUGGAUUGCCUCCUCGACCAACCACUGUCCAAAAUCCCCCAUCUGUCUACAAUCCGACCAGCUUGCCUACUUCCGUCCCCGAAUCUUUCCCUGCACCUUCCGAUGUUAGCGUCCUGCCUAUUCCAUCACAAGUGGCUUCGUCUGUCACCAGCGUCGUCACUGAAUCCCCGAUUCCAUCAGUAGAGCCUAAUACUCCUGAAGAGCCUGAUGCGCCUGAAGAAGAGCAAUGUAAGUAAUACUCGCAUAGCUAAUUCAUUUUUUCUUCUUCCAUGAAACCGUUGAACAGCCGCCUUCUAACACUUCGUCUAGACGAGAACGAGGAGGCAGGAGAAGAAGAUGAACCUGAAGAAGAUGAUAACUAAAUAUUUACCGUUUUUGGGACGGCAAUAGCUGAGUGAAGAAUUUAUUGUUGGGAGCAUGGAUUUGCUACCGCAAGGAGACCCUCUUUUUUUUGUUCUUGUUCUUUUCUCUCCCAGCUUUUCUCAAUGCCUUUCGAGAAAAGGCUUUCUACGAAUACUCAAUUGCAGUAGCUUUGCAUUUACUUUUGUAAUAUAAAAGGACUUGCAGUUAGGG